AAAUAAAUUCAUUGGGGUUAAUUAUUUGAUAAACACGGUAUGUAUAAAAUAGAGAACCUUGACUAGUACAGAACUAAUUAGCGUAGAAAAAUGAAGUUGCUAGUACUUGUGGCAUUGGCGUUAGCCUUUCGUUCCGCAGCGAGUCAGAGUGGGACUCUCCAAGAGGUCAUAGAUAGCUACCUAAAGUAUCUACCUGAAGUUGAAGAGGCAUGUAAAGCGCAAACCGGCGUAGAUCCCGUAGAAGCAGAUCGAUUACUGAACCCAGGUGUUUUGAGCACAGACGAGCCAUUCAAAAAUUAUCUGACAUGCUUCUUUCAUGGAUUGGGUUUUUUAAAUGACGAUGGAUCAAUUAGUUUUGAAAAAUAUGCCACUUUUGUAGAGAAAGAAAAUCCCGGAUUAGCUGAAUAUUUAAUUGAGGCAUGCGAAAGUAGUGCAGUUGGUGAAAACGUAAAUGACAGAAUUUGGAAUUUCACAAAUUGCGUAUUUAAUGCUUUGUAAAAAAAAUCGAAAUUUAACCAGAAUAUGUAUCUAAUUGAAAUGAAAUAAAUAGUUCCCCUUUCGUAAUA